AUGGGGCAAAAUUGUUUACAUCGAUAUGGUUCUUCAUGGUUGCUACUUUUUUUUAUUCUUUGCCCACCUGUACACAGCGGUACUAAGAAGGACUUAAAUCUAGUUAAGAGUGGACUUGAAACUGGCAAAGGGAUAGCUGCCCUGAUUGAAGUUGCAAAUUUUGAACAGACUUUAGCACAGAUCGGAAAAAGUAUUGGUCCUUACCUUGGUGCAAUAGGUCCUUUCAUAGGUCUCAUAUCCGUUAUCAUUCCAUCCGAAUCUAAGGAGUUGUCUUACAUGAAAGAGAUGAUGAAGUAUAUUGACAACCGAUUUGAUCAAAUGGAUAAGCGAUUCGACAGUAUCGAACAGAUGAUUAAGUGGAACGUCGUGCAAGUCAAUUUCGGGCAGAUUGAACAAAGGAUAAAGGCAAUGGCACGGGAAUAUAGAUAUCUGUGUAUUGUUCCACCUGUUGCUGUGGAAAAUAGAAAGAAGAUUUAUAUUUCGAAUUAUGAAAGUGAUUACCAGAAUAGCGGCACGAAAUUGUACCAAUCUAUUGUCAAAGAACAAGGUACGCUUCAAGAAGAUCUGGGUACAUCUGUAUUGCGUUAUACUGACAGUGACCGCACAAAGACACAGUUAUUUCUUCUCGGAGUUAUGCAACUUCUUUUGCAGUCUAUAAAAAUAGAGUUGGCAUAUCUGUUUUCCUACAAAUAUGAUCAUAAUGCAAAUUUUAUGAAGUCACAAUGGAUAAAUCGAACGGAGGAGGUUCAAACGAAGUUCAAACUCAUAGACGAUCAGUGUAUUAAUGCAUAUUUCGCCAAAUCCUUAAAGGAUAUUGACGAAUUUUCUGCCAAAAACUAUGGCAAACCGAAUAAUAAGUUUGCCACUGAACUAUUCGAUCUGCUAUCUGGAAAGUACUUCUGGAGGGAUUGGAUUGUUGUCGCCUAUAACCCAAUAAGCGGUGACGACAAGUAUUUUAUGAGUGUCAAAGGAGGACACAUUCUAUUAUUGAAACAUGGAAGAAAUCUGUUAGUGACAAGUGUGGACAAGAAUCAUCCGGUCAUGAAUUUAUCAGGAGCUAAAGAGAAAUUGAACAAAAUUUCCGUGAGACAUUCGGUUAGUUGGUUAGGAGUAUCUCAAUACGUCAAUCGAUCGGCAAAAGAUAUAUUUAACAAGAUAGAUAAAACAGGUGCCUCACUUGUUAUUGUCAUAGAGUGUGCGUGGAAUGCAGCAGCUCUAAAAUGUGACACUAACAGGCUCUUAUCCGAUAAAAGAUGUCCAUAUCAUUGGAUAAUCAUGUGGGGUUAAAAGGUCUUAGAAAAGUUGUACAUGGUAAUAUUGUGACUAGCUGAUAUUUUUUUUAAAGGUCAAUGUAUUUACUGUUAUUACCAUUAAGGUAAAUCAGUUAUAAUUUUACAUUUCAUGCAUUGGUAAAAGGACAAGGUACCUUUUGUUGCAAAUGUGGCAAUUUUUUUAACAUUUGUAUGUUACGGAUAUAAACGCUA